AUGCGAAUGAAGACACUGUCGAGACAGUCGCUUGACAGCCAAGGCCUCUCAACUCCUACUCAGCAGACGCUCCUCAUGACGGCUAAAUUCGACGGAAAGACAGUGUCCCUCCCAAAAGUGGCACUUGACACAACACUAAAGGCGGAUUUUGGAAAUUUGACAUUCAACAAGUCGGCAGUCCUUUCGACCACAUCUACUCCUUCAGGAUUGGAGCCUGUAGAUGAAACAAAAACAACAGACGUCAUUUCAACGGUUCGCAGACGUCAGCGACAAAUGCACCGUUGUGAGUUUUGCGACAAGCAAUUUGAUCGGCCCUCUCUUCUAAAACGGCACACGCUAACACACACCGGUGAGCUUCGAUUAAAAUGGCUAGUUGGGUCGUUUGCCUGAAGUAAUUUCUCAUGCAAGAUUCGUUCAAAGGAACCAUUAUUCACGUAACUAAGCUUAACCUUUUAUUCAUCAUCCAGGUGAGCGACCGUUUGAGUGCCGAUUUUGCUCGAAAGGCUUCUCGACUAGAAGCGGGGUGAAUACACACGAAAGGACACACACUGGUCAACGACCGUAUGUCUGUCGGGUCUGCGGUAGGCGCUUUGCGGCCGGCUCCAAUCUGAUUUUUCAUCGGUACACCCAUACCAACGUGAGUGGAAGAAAAAUAUUAAUAUAUUUGAUUUUCGUUUUGUCUUAACUUACGACACUCGUGUGCUGCAUGUAAACACUGUCGUAUCUUAGGCUGAACACCGAACGAGUGUUUUUCAGGUCGGCACGCUAUUGGCGGAUUAAAGUGAAACGCCGACUUUCCCUUUGCAGACUCGACGUCAUGUGUGCACGCACUGUCCCAAGGCCUUCGUGACGCCAGGAGAUCUGCGCAAACACGAGUACACACACUCCGGAGAGUGGCCGUUCCGAUGUGACGUUUGCAACCGUGGAUUUGCCACAGAACGCAAUCUAAAGGCGCACGAAACGACACAUACAGGUAAGCAACGAAACACUUAUAGACUUCAAGCAAGAAAAAGUCUUGACAACCCUUCAUCAAAGACGGCACGAUGUGGUAGAAUAAAUUACGCUCCGAUUUCCGGUAGAUGUUAAACAGUCGACGUCGGGGCAUACUGGUUUCGAGUGGUUUGGCUACCGUUUGACCCUUUAGGCUGGCAAAUGCAGCGAAAGAGCUCGAAGCAACCGGUAUGAGCAGAUUGUGCACCCUACAACGUGCCAUGUGGUAGAUGGAGGAGCCAGAUCAGGGUCUGGCACGCGGUAUUAGUCUGUGUAUCCUGAACGAAUGUGAUGUAUAGUGGUGCGGUGGCACGCCUAUGUGCAGACUCACGUCGCGCCAACAGCCUUCGUCCGACCCUGGCUCCGGUCUUCUUGACUCAUAUUUGACACCGGGCCCCGGAGGGUGAGGGAGGAGAGAGUGCGGUAGACGCUGCGUAAGUCUACUAUCAUUAGAAACUAAUUCACGUGCAAUUCACCGUCCCUGCGUCAGCCCUGCCGUGGGGCACACGGUGGACAUCGUUGGCAAUUACCGUCCAACUGUCGCAUGAUAAGGCUACUCUUAAAUGACUUCGCUAGGACAGGUGAUUGGAUAUGUAACUAUGAACCCCCUCCCAUAUUACAGGAGGCCGCGCACUAAAUUCUGGGAGAUUGGAUUAGGUUUAGAGAUAAAGUUGCGACACGGUAUCCCUGGUAUUUAGCGCGAGCUAACUUGUUGUACGGGUUAGUCCAUGUUCUCGUGCCCGACCGAACGAACGAAAUAUGCAGGCUGGUCCGGCAAGGUAUGCGUUUGUCUGAUUGGACGGCGCGAUUACGCUAGAGAGCGGCACGAACGGCUUUGACACUAGAAAAAUUCUAAAAUGCCUUAUGAAAUCCAUAGGGAAGUCACUUCCGUGUUACAAUUUCUGACAGAAAAUGAAGUUUGGUGUCAAAUGACACAAAAACGUUCAAAGCUUAAUCUUUCUCGCAUACGUACCGACGCAUACGGAUGAUUAAGAAGCCACACACGAAGUGCUCUUGCUCCACACUUCCCAACCCCGGAGUUCCCCUAUCACCUAUUCACGGCGGUGUUGGAUACGUGCAGAUGUGCAUUUUAUUUUUGUCGAGACUUUUACCAUUAUUCAUUACUCACACUGAACUCGCGGAUUUUCUCAGCCACAUCUAUUUCAAAUCUACUGCCGUUAAUCACAACUUUACCGAAAAAAACCUUCGAGAACAGAUAAUUAAACCAGUUUUUCUUUAUUCAGGUCAGCGACCGUACACAUGUUCCGUUUGCCGCAAGUCUUACGCCCAGGAGAGUUCUCUGAAGACACACAUGCGAAGCCAUAUGCGUAAGUCCCACGUGUGCUUACCAGGUUGGAACUGAUGGGACCAGCGUCAUUUAUAACAGAAUUGCGUCGGCUUUUUGAUUAAUAUUUUAAAAUAUACAAUAUGCGAGGACGCAAGGCAGAUUAUACCACCCAUAGAAAUAAUGCCUGCAGUAGUACCCUAAAGAUUUAGACCACAAACUGCACUCUCAGCGUGAUCGGACAUCCAUCAGAGGGACGCGACUGAAGUUGCUGUUUGUAGGCAACCUCCACGUGAGCACGCCGGAAUCCCAAUAUCGGCUGUGAUAUAGAUCAGCAAUGCACGGAAUGUUGUUCAGCGCCGAAUUUCGCUGUUUUUUGUCCAAUCGAUCUUAUGCAAAUUUUUGUUUGUCUGUACCAUCAGAAAUCACAUACAAACUUUAAAUUUUAGGAGCCAUUAAUUCCACAUCUCCUGAGGACAUCCCAGGCAAUUCCUCCAUCGGAACAAACGCAGUACUGACGAAUUCAAUUACGGCGGCGGCUACGGUGUGCACGACAAACUGGGGAACUCUCACCAGGGAUCCCUGUACUAUACCCAAUCCACUGCAUGCCCCUCCACCAAUCCGACCGCCCUCAAACCUCCCCCUCCCUUCCCCCUUCCUACUGUUCAGUCCUACCCAGUCAUCGCAGCUACAAUCGACUUCAUCGCAGUUUCAAGUUGGUAACCAGCCGGAAUUAGUCUGGACCCCGCCCAACCAGCAAGGUAUCCCCAGCUUCAUUUCCGAGCCCCGUCAGUCUGGACCUUCCCUGGUGUAUCCUUUCUCAUGGGUGGACCAGUACCGUUCUUACUACUAUCUCUAUCUGCAAGAGCUUGCGAAAGUGUCCCCGUCACGACCAAGCGCCUUUGAAAAGGUACCUCGGAGGCCGUCCAGCCACAGCAUACCUCCUCUGCAGGCGCAGUCGCCAUCCUCGUCCAUGGUCCCCCGACAGCUGUGCUCAGCGGCCCAGCCGUCCCAGUCAAUUGAGGGCCAGCAUCCAACACGGUCCACCGAAGAGGCCGAGCAAACGACGGUCCUUGACUACUCCUUCAAAACCCUGAGCCAUCAGCGCAUGACGUAG